AUGUCAUCACCCAUCAUGAGUCCGCUGAGUCCAUUGAGCCCGACGGGCUCCAAGGCCAACUUCUUCAGAAACAGAGUUCCAACACAACUGCGCAGAUGCAUUCCUCUCUACAUCGCUUGCGUCUGUCUAGUUCUUCUUCUGCUCAACGUUGACCUGGUCGGCUCCGUUCCCAAGCCCGUUCACCUUUCAAAACGCAACGGUCGGUCGUCGACCACAACUCGAGGCUUUCCCAAGAAGAUCUGGCAGAGCUGGAAGGUCGCGCCGUUCUCCUUUGAGGGCGAACAAAUCCUCACUGCCAGAACAUGGACGGACAAAAAUCCCGGCUUCCGUUAUGAAGUCCUUACCGACACUAACGACAUGGAGUACGUUGAGGAGCAUUACGGGCCCGACGGCUUCGACCGCCCAGAUAUUGUCGACGUGUAUCGCCAUGUGAACGCAACUAUCAUCAAAGCAGACUUGCUUCGGUACAUGAUCAUGUACGCGGAGGGUGGCGUCUACGCUGACAUCGACGUCGAAGAUCUCCGACCCAUCAGCAGGUGGAUCCCUGAGAGAUACAAGGAAGAAGACAUCGAUCUGGUCAUUGGCGUCGAGAUUGACCAACCUCAUUUCAAAGACCAUCCUAUUCUUGGCAAGAAGUCCAUGUCCUUCUGCCAAUGGACCUUCAUGUCGCGGCCCCGACACCCAGUUAUGCUCAAGCUGGUCGAGAACAUCAUGGCAUGGCUCACUGAUGUCGCCAAGACGCAGGGAGUCUCAAUCUCCGAAAUCAAGCUUGACUUCGAUGAAGUCAUUAGUGGAACCGGUCCUUCGGCCUUCACCAAAGCGGUUCUAGAAGUCAUGUCGUCCAGGUCCCGCUCCGGGGCAAUUACAUGGGACGACUUCCACGACAUCGACGAGUCCAAGGUCGUCAGUGGCAUUCUGGUUCGCGACGUUGAAUCUUACGCUGCUGGCCAAGGCCACUCGGACUCGGGAAACCACAAUUCUAGAGGAGCCCUCGUCAAGCACCACUACCACGCAUCGAACUGGCCUAGCCGUCACCCGAGAUUCAGGCACCCGAUCUUUGGCGAAGUCGAGCGCUGCAACUGGAACAUCGAGUGCGUCAUGAAGUGGGACCAAGACAUUGCCGCCUUCAACGCGCUAUCCCCCGAGGAGCAGAAGCAGAAGAUCGAGGAGCACGAGAACCUGCAGAAGUUCCAGGUCCAACAAAAGCAAGCCGAGCAGAAACCAGGCGCAUUGCCGCUCCAAUUCCCGCCUCAAAUAGCUAUCCAGCCGCCUGCACCCCAGCAGGAAUUGAAGUUGAAGUGA